AACCGACCUUUCUUGAAUUUGGACGCACACACAUCAAGAUUGACUCAAAAUUAUUUCCUCAAAAACAUUUCCUUUUCUGUAUCAGCCCUUCCACCGUUAACCAACGCUAAAAAAAAUUGAUUUUUUCGAAACCCUUGAUGAAAUAAUGCGAAAAUAUUCGGGGACUUUCUUGGGUUGAAAAUGAGUGAAGAUAGAGGAGUAAUGUAGAUAUUUUAGAGCCCAAUUUGAGUAAUGAUUUAUUGCUUCGUUUUCAUCAAUCGAGAGGGCAGCUUGUGAUUCGUAUUUACAGAUACAGGGCCGUAUACAUACACACACUUAAUUUUAGGUAUUUCUCAUCAUUUGUUCCUUUUCUGGAUUAGAUGUCUGAAUUGGUGGCGCGAACUGGUCGGCAGCAGCAGCGUUACGAGGAUGGUUACCGUCUCAUUGCUGGGUGUAUUCCUUUCAGACAUAGGACUAUGAAAGAUGAUGGUGGUGGCACAAAUGAAAAUAUAAUCGAAGUAUUAAUGAUCAACUCGACUGGUGGGCCUGGUCUUUUGUUUCCAAAGGGUGGGUGGGAGAAUGAUGAAACGGCUGAGGAGGCCGCCGAAAGGGAAGCCAUGGAAGAGGCUGGAGUUCGAGGCGAUCUAGUGCAUUUUCUUGGUUGCUACUCUUUCAAGAGCAAAACACUCCAGGAUGAAUACAGCCCGGAAGGGCUGUGUCGAGCAGCUAUGUACGCCUUGCAUGUGAAGGAGGAACUCGACUCGUGGCCCGAGAAGAGCCAUCGGCAGAGGAGCUGGCUAAAAAAUUCCCUUAAUUUGGAGAAGGUAGGAACUUUGAGAGUAAGAUGCAAAUAG